GAUCGGUGGAAACAGCUGGUAGUACUGGUGAUGGAAUGUCAGAAGCCAAGCCGCCAAAUGAUCAGUCGUUCAUGGCGCCAUCCUUCGACGGAAUCGUCAAAGAUCAUAAGCAAAACAGUGAUCAUCAUGAGGUGGGCAAUGGGUCUGUUGAUUUUCGAGGGAGAAUUGCUGAUAAGCUCGCCACCGGAGGGUGGAAGGCCUCUCCAUUCAUCAUAGUGAACGAGGUGGCGGAGAGGUUGGCGUUCUUCGCGGUGGCGGUGAGCAUGGUGACUUACCUGGUGGCGGAGAUGCAUCAAACGAUCCCGACGGCGGCUACUCACGUCAACGAUUGGAUUGGAGCCGCCUUCGUUCUCACCAUUGUCGGAGCUUUCCUGGCAGAUGCUUACCUUGGCCGCUUCAAAACCAUCAUCGUCUUCUCCGGAAUCUACGCUGUGGGAAUGGUCCUGUUGACGCUCGCGGCUUCCGUAGACAGUCUCCGGCCACCGAAAUGUGUUGCCGUGCCAUGCAAGCGAGAGCCGGCCACCGCCGGUCAAAACGCCUUCCUCUUCUGCGCGCUGGCCCUCAUCGCUCUCGGAACCGGCGGCAUCAAGCCGUGCGUCUCCUCGUUUGGCGCCGACCAGUUCGACGAGGCUGACGAGAGGGAAGUCGAGAAGAAGUACUCCUUCUUCAACUGGUUCUUCUUCGCCAUCAACAUGGGCGCUCUGCUGGGCAUCACCGUCCUGGUGUAUCUACAGCAGCAGAAGGGCUGGACGUGGGGCUUCGGAGUGCCAACCGUCGCCAUGGCCUGUUCCAUCGUCAUCUUGGCCUCCGGGUUUCGUUUCUACAGGUUCCAGAAGCCGAUGGGCAGCGCAUUUACGAGGUUUCUUCAGGUUAUGGUGGCUUCGGUGAGAAACCAUCGGACAGGAGCCGAAGUGAGAAGCCAUGGGGUUGAGCUCUUUGAGGUCGGGACAGUGGAGUCUGACAUUCAUGGCGCUCGCAAGCUUGCUCACACCAACCAAUACAGAUUCUUGGACAAGGCAGCUGUGAUGGUGGAUCCAGAAGAAGCCAACACAAGAAACCGAUGGAAGCUCUGCACAGUGACCCAGGUCGAAGAAUUCAAAUCCUUCAUCAGAGUCUUACCGAUCUGGGCUUCCACCAUAGCCCUCUCCAUCUCCUUCUCCCAGCUCUCCACCUUCUUCAUCACCCAGGCCGCCCUCACCGACCGCCAGCUCGGCCCCUCAUUCGUCAUCCCCCCCGGCUCCGUCCCCGUCUUCGCCGCCGUCAACGCCCUCCUCCUCGUCCCCCUCUACGAGCACUUUGUCGUCCCCCUCCUCCGCCGCCGCACUGGCAACCGCCGCGGCCUCACCUCCCUCCAGCGCAUGGGCGUCGGGCUCUUCAUCUCCAUCUUCGCCAUGGUCUCCGCCGCCCUGGUGGAAAAUCGCCGCCGCCUCCACAGCCCAGAGCCCAAGUCCAUGACCGUCUUCUGGCUUCUCCCCCAGUUCUUCCUCAUCGGCAGCGCCGAGGUGUUUACCUACGUCGGACAGCUCGAGUUCUUCUACGAUGAAGCCACCGACGGGACGAGGAGCAUCUGCAGCGCGAUGUUUCUGAGCGAGAUCGGGAUCGGGAACUGGCUGAGCACGGCGCUGGUUAAGAUCAUUGACAGGACGACGGGCGGGGAAGAAGAAGGGUGGCUGAGGAACAGUUUGAACGAGAGCAAGCUUGAUUACUUCUACUGGGUAUUGGCGGCCAUUAAUGGUGUUAACUUUGUGAUCUAUCUGGUGGUUGCUUGGCUCUAUAAGGGGAGAGAUGGAGCUGCCGGAAAGGUGAGAGAUGAUGGCAAGGAGGAGCUUUAAUUAAUUAAUGGAGGUUUUCCAAUUAAAGUUUUAAAGUCA